GCGCUGCCCAACAACAUGGCCUACUUCGGCAGCUCCCAGGAGGAGGAGGACCUCGGGGAGGUGGAGGACGAGGAGCAGGACGAGAUGAGGAACGGCGGCGGCGGCGGCGGCCACUCGCACGGCGCGUCCGGCGCCGGCCACGCGUCCGCGUCCUCCUCCUGCCACUCCACGCCGCGCAAGGGCAAGCCCCUCGCGCGCCAACCGCUCAACGGCCACGUGUUCAACAACCACGGCAAAGCGGGGAUGCGCGAGAGCCCCCGGCCCAAGGCGGCGGCGGCGGCGCCGCCCCCUCCCCCGCCGCUCCUGCGGGAGCGCAGCGAGCGGGCCGAGGCGCGCGAACACGUCAGGAUGUUGCAGGCCCUGGCCGGCGCCAACGUCGGCGCCGCCGCCAAAGGCCCGUCCACCAGGAGGGCCGCCGAGGAGCUCCGCAAGCAGGUCUCCAGAGCGAACGGGCUGACGCGUCUGAGCGCCCUGCAGGCCGCCGCCAGGAGGAGCCGCGACUUCCGCCUGCCGUCCAAAACUGUGAAGAAGUACACGGCCACCGUGUCCAAGGGCCACGUCACCUACACCAAAGCCAAGCAGAGGGAACCGGGCAAGAAAACCAAACUCAGCAGCGACGACAACGCGAACAAUCACAAUCAGCACAGCCAGCCAGCAGCCAGCGACGGGCUGACCCACUCAGGAAAAGCGGCGGCGGCGGCAGCCUAUCACAGCAAUGCAAAAACGCGCAAACAGGUGCUACUCUCCAACGGGCUGCACGCCGACGCCGACGACGGGGAGGAAGGCCGCAGACGCGAGGGGGACUUCCCCGGGCGGGAGGGUCUGCGCAACUCCAAGCGCCGCCUGGAGGUGGUGCUGCACUCGGUGGAGGCCAGCGUGCUGAAGGGCGGCCAGGAGCCCAAGAGGGCCCGCGCCGGCAGGAAGGCGGGGGCCCCCGGCGGGAGCCUUACCGAGCCGCCGCCGCCGCCGUCGUCGUCCUGCCCCCCGCCCCUCGCGCAACAAUCCUCUCCGACACCAGCAGAGUCGGCCAACCAGCGGCCCAAGCGGGCGUCGGCCGGCAAGCUGAUGUUGAUCCGACAAGCACAGCAGCAACUGAGCCGGUCUCACGGCCGCGGCGCCGCCGCCGCCGCCGCCUCCUCUUCCUCCCCGUUGUCCGGCCACAAUCACUCCCGCGGCACUACCUCAGACCUCCGACAGGGCGGCGCCUCCUCCUCCUCCUCCUCGCCGCCCGCCAACCACUCGGGACCGCCCGGGCCCCCGCCGGCCGGGCGGGCGGCCGACCGCGACAAGGAGUGGGAGCGGGAAAAGGAGCUGGCGCGGCAGAAGGAGCGCGAGAUGGAGAAGGAGUGGGGGCCCCGGCGGAGCCGCCCCGAAGGGUGGGCGGCGCUGGGCGAGGUGCCCGUCUUCCUGCCGGCCUCCCGCGAGUUCCAGGACCCGCUGGCGUACCUGGACGGCGCGCGGGAGCGGGCGGAGGCGGCGGGCGUGUGCCGCGUGGUGCCGCCGCCCGACUGGCGGCCCGAGUGCAAGCUCAGCGAGGAGAUGCGCUUCGUCACCACCGUGCAGAGGGUCCACAUGCUGGGGCGGCGCUGGGGCCCCAACGUGCAGCGGCUGGCCUGCAUCCGAAAACACCUCAAAUCUCAGGGCAUUACCAUGGACGAGCCGCCCGUCAUUGGCGGCUGCGAAGUGGACCUGGCGCGCUUCUUCCAGCUGCUCAACGACAUGGGCGGGAUGCAGCAGGUGAUGGACCUGAAGAAGUGGACCAAGCUGGCCGACCUGCUGCGCAUUCCCAAGUCGGCGCAGGACCGGCUGGCCAAGCUCCAGGAGGCCUACCUGCAGUACCUGCUGGCCUACGACUCGCUGGGGGCCGACGAGCGACUCCGGCUGCAGGCCGAGGUACUACAGGAGAAGCGUCGCCUGGAGGCGCGGCGCGGACCUCUGGAGGGCCUGGCGGACUCGGCGGCGCCGGCGCUGCCCCGCUACGAGCCCAAGAACGGGCUGGCGGGCGGCGUGGUGGGCGGCGGAGGCGGCGCCAACGGCGUGUACCAGCACCUGAAAGAUCUGGAGGCUCAGGUUAAAGCGGGCCGGCGCCGACUCUUCGCUCAGGAAAAGCACGGCAGAGAGGACGGGCGGCGCGCGGCGGACGAGCCGGACGACGGCGUCCUCGGCGAGCAGCACAGAUGUAUUUACAAGGGGAAGUCCGUGUCGUUGACCAACUUCUUCCGGAUCGCACGCAACACCAUGACCAUGUGCUUCAACAAGGAGCCCGUCGCCGCCGAAGUGGAGCAAGAGUACUGGCGCAUCGUGGAGCAGCGCGACGGCCACGUGGCCGUGCACUGCGGGAAGGUGGACACCAGCACCCACGGAAGCGGUUUCCCCACCGGAAAGUCGGAACCGUUUUCAAAACACGGAUGGAACCUCACCGUCCUGCCCAACAACUCGGGGUCCAUCCUGAGACAUCUCGGCGCCGUGCCAGGGGUCACCGUUCCCUGGCUGAACGUCGGCAUGGUCUUUUCUACCUCAUGCUGGUCUCGCGACCAAAACCGCCUUCCGUACAUCGAUUACCUUCACACUGGUGCUGAUUGCAUUUGGUAUUGCGUCCCUGCUGAGGAGAGGUCCAAGCUGGACAAGGUGGUCCACACCCUGCUGCAGGCCAACGGGACGCCUGGACUGGAAAUGCUGGAGAAGAACAUCAUGAUCUCGCCCGAGGUGCUGUGCCGCGAGGGCAUCCGCGUCCACCGCACGGUGCAGCGCAGCGGCCAGUUUGUGGUCUGCUUCCCGGGCGCCUUCGUGGCCAAAGUCUGCUGCGGCUACAGCGUGUCGGAGACGGUCCACUUCGCCACGCCGCGCUGGAUCGAGCUGGGCUACCGGGCGGCCAAGGAUCUGAAGUGGCGACGCAUCGCCGAGCCGUUCUCCAUGGAGAAGCUGCUCUACCAGAUCGCCACGGCCGAGUCCAAACGGGACAACGGCCGCCUGCUCGCCACCGUCGCCGCCCUCCUCAAAGACCUCAGGAACACGGAGAUGCGGCAGCGCUCGGAACUGUUCGCGGCGGGCCUGCACUCGGCGGCGCGCUACGGCGCUCACGACGAGGGCCGCAAGAAGCCGCGCGGGAAGUGGACGGCGCUCGAGUCCUCCGAGAGGCGGUGCCAGAUCUGCCACCACCUCUGCUACUUGUCCAUGGUGGUGCAGGAGACGGACAACGUGGUGUUCUGCCUCGAGUGCGCGCUGCGCUUCGUGGAGAAGCACAAGUCGUGCAGAGGCCUCAAGAUGAUGUACAGAUACGACGAGGAGCAAAUCAACAACUUGGUGAACCAGGUGUGCGGGCGGGCCUUGCAGAAGCGCGCCGGCCUCGCGGCGGCGGGCGGGGGCGACGUCUGCCGCCAGCGUCCCGUCAGCCCCGCCGGAGCGUCGCCGGCCAAGCGCGGCGCCCCCCGCAAGCGCGGCGCCAUGGAGGUGUCCCUGGCCCGCCUCUCGUCCAGCCUGAUGCCCAAAGCGGCCGCUGUGUCCUGAUGGGCUUUUUGCACUAAGCAUCCAAAACAUUUGACGCCAUUUUCCCCAGUUGCUUUUUUUUUUUUUUUUCCCCCCCCUGACCCGGCCCGCCAAAUUUUCCGGAAAUCAAAACCCAAAGUUUUGUCUGUUUUUUUCCCCCCUCUUUGAAUUCCUGGCGCAGCUCCUGCAGUAUUUCCCGGAAAAGGCCGUGGGGCGCGCUCGUAGCGAAAACUUGAAAGACACGACUUGUUUGUUUGUUUGUUUUUUUUAAUUUUUUCCUCCACCUUCUGCGUCUGUUUUGUCGUUUGUGGGAUUUGAGCGCAAAAAAGAAAAAGAAAAAGUGUGCCUCAAAGCGAGGAGUUCGGCCUUAUUUUUUUGGUGCUGCCGCUUUCCGAUUUACUGUAUCAUGCCGGAAAAAAAAUGAAAAGUCGUGAGGUUAGCCGGAAGCUCGCGCUAAGACGGCGGAAAAGCUUUGCCCCCCCCCCCCCCGCGCCCGCCCUACGCUUGGUUGGAGACGUGCAAUCGUGUUAACAUUCCAUUUUUUCUUCCACUCCAUCUGACUUCAAUUAUCAUUUUUUUUUUUAAUUUGUGCUACAUUGAUUGUUUUUCAAGUAGAGCCAUUAGUGUCAAAUGUGAAAUGUUCAGUUUUCUAUCAAUUUUUUUUUUAAACUUUAAUUAAUUAUUCAAUUAAACCCCCCCCCCUCUCGUGUGACUUUUUAAAAAAAAACGUUUUUUUUUUGUACAUAAUAAUCCAUUAUUAAAAGUCUUUUACAUACUUGAGCCCGGCGGGGAAGGAAGUGAUGAUGAUGAUGAUGAAGAAAAAGCCUUACAAUUCCCUUUCUUCAUCAACGUGCGCGCUAACGACAGGGUCGCUCCCGUAUGUAAACAAACAAAAAAAAAAAGUGGAAAAAUUUUUUAAAAAAUUAAGUGCUGCUUAUAUCGCUAAAUAAGAGUCUCCCAAGCCCGUACCCGAGACCCUUUGACCUAGUUUUUUUUUUUUUAACUUUUUUUUUGUUGUUAGGGGGUGAUAGAAUGCAGGUGAGGAAUAUUUUAUUAUAUUUUCUUUUUUUACAUUUUUUCACUCAAAUAUUUCACAGAGAGAAAGGUUGUAGCUCCUCAUGUUGCACUGAGAAAAAAAAAAUGCUUUUCAAAUCCUGGAUACUUUGUUUUGUUUUUUUUCCCGGGGUCGUCAUCCCACCCGCGCAGAGGACUGAAAAAACUUUUACGACUAUUUAAGGAAAAAAAAAAACGCCGUUCGCGUUUUCAGCGUUGAAAUAAUAAUAAAAAAAGAAAGCUGUUGUCAAGUUUUUAUAGCCUUAACGAUGUUUUUCAUCUUUUUUGAUAUAAAUGUCUGAAAGUGCUCGCUCACACAAAGCGAGGCUCUUAAUUUAUUGGUCCAGACUCUCGUGUUGGUUACCAUUUUUUUUUUAUUACUUUUUUGCAGUUUGUUUGUAUUUGAGGUUGAAUAAAAACUUGCCGACAAUUCACUGUCAA